AUGCACUUCACCACCACUUUCCUCAUCUCUGCCCUCGCCUCCACCGGCCUGGCAGCCCCCACCAACGGGCCCCCAGCCCACACAGCCACCAUCCAGCUCGCAAACGAGCACACGGGCGCCAAUGCCAACGUCAUCAUCCCCGUCGACGGCGUCAAGCGGCCCGUCCAGGAACUCUGGGGCCACACCACCGUCGCAAACCACGGUCUUGUCUUUGCGUCCAGUGCGCAGCUGACUGCCUUUGAGGAGACAACCGUCUGCACUUUCACCGAGGAGAAGCGGGAUCUGGAGGUUGCGCUGGAUUCGGAGGAGACUUAUGCUGAGCUUGGAAAGCCGGUUGUUGAUCUUUGCGCUGCUUGGGUCGUUUGCGAGUGUGAGGGCAUGUAA